GCUAAAAUGAGCUGCUUUUCUCUGUUUGCUGUAUGAAUUAUGCCAUGUUUAUGAUUUUUGUUUUUUAAAGAAAACGGAAAAGGCACUGGACGAGUUACCUACGUCAUUUCCUGUGCCGCUGUAAGCCGCUUGCUAACCCGGAGCUGACCGCGGUCCAGAAUGGCGGAUUUAGCCGCAGUCCGGAGCCAGGUGGCUCUGGUCGUGAACAGCCUGGCCCAAACCCUGCUUACGGAGCUCCGAACCGCGGGGCAUGCGGUCCGUGUAAGCAGCCCGGAGCCCCGGUCAGAGGAGGAACUGGGAGUGGCGGUGGACAGGCUGUGUCUGGAAGCUGUGGAUCAAAUCCUGAAGAUCCUGGAAACCAGCAUGACCAGGCAGGAAGAGGCUCCGCCCACACUGGCUGACACCUGUGGAGGGUUAAUAAAGACCCAGACAGGUGGAGGUGAGCAGGAGCCCGGCUCAGGCCACGCCUAUUUCCUGCUGUACAGAGUCAGUGACGGACCGGCUGCAGAGGCAAACCGUAGAGACGCAGAGCAAAGCCUGACCAUGUUUCCAUUUCUGAGCGCUGCUGGUGACGCCAGGAGCCUGCUGGUGGCGCUGCAGAGCGCUGAGGGUGACAGCAGAAGCAGCGCCUCUUCCUCCCCUCCGACCGAUGACCAUGAGUACGCUCGACCCCCAGAGCCACCUGACGGCGGGGCCAAACGCUGCAGGCGGCGGCAGGCGGGGGCCCCGGCGAGCGAGGAGCUUCACCUGCAGUGCUGGCGCUGCAGCAGGCUGUUCCCCAGCGCCGAGCGGCUGGCCGACCACCACAGGAAGUCCCACCCGCUGUGCUCGGUGUGCGGCGCGGCCUUCAGCGGCGUCCUGAAGCUCCGAGAACACCAGAUGAAGGAGCACAGCCUCCUGCCGUUCGCCUGCGGCUUCUGCCCCAAGAGCUUCAACCACAAGACGCACCGCGACCUGCACGUCAAGGCGCGCCACACCGGCGAGAAAAGCUGCCGCUGCGACAUCUGCGGGAAGGGCUACUCCUGCGUCAGUGCGCUGAACACGCACCGGGUGACGCACUACAGCAAGACGUUUAUGUGCGAGGUCUGCGGCAAGGCCUUCUACCACGCCUCCCACCUGGCGCGCCACGCGCUGGUGCACCAAGAGCCGCGCCCGUUCAGCUGCUCCACCUGCGGGCGGCGCUUCACGCAGGCCGCCAACCUGCGCAGCCACCAGGCCACGCACGCCGGAGAGAAGCAGCUCUGCUCCGUCUGCGGCAAGAGCUUCCGCUGCCUGAGGAACCACAUGAUCAGCCGGCACGCCCAGGAGCCGGCGGCGGCCGGCUUGCUGCCGCCGGCCGUCACCUGCCAGGUCUGCGGGAAGAAGUUCCCCAACCCCUCGCAGCACCGGGCGCACCAGCGCAGGCACACGGGGGACAAGCCGUUCCACUGCGAUGUGUGCGGGAGGAGCUACCGGUUGAAGGAGCUGCUGCGGGACCACCGCUACACCCACGGGGGGCAGAAGCCCUACCGCUGCUCCACCUGCGCCGAGACCUUCAGCCGGGCCUCCAGCUUCCUGCGGCACCGCAGCAUCCACAGCGGCCAGGCGCCGCACAGCUGCCAGCGCUGCGGGAAGCACUUCCGGCUGCGCAGCUUCCUCCAGGCUCACCUGCAGACCAAAGCUCACCUGAGGCGGACGCAGCUGAGCCAGAGCGCCGAGCCUCCUUUAAUCCCAAAUUAGCAGCUGAGAUGGAAGAACUCAUGAAGGCGCAGGGCUGGACGGUUCGGUUCCUCCGUCUGUUUGACUUUAAUCUGUCAUUAAACAUAAACAUAGAGCGA